CUUCCGCUUUUUCUUCUUCUUCGCUUGACUGUGUCCUCCAUGGUGUCAUUGCGGCUCUGUUGAGGUUGAACGUCCACAUAAAAGAAGCCAUGUCUGGGUACACGCCGGACGAGAAGCUCCGUGUCGAGCAGCUGUCAAAGCUCCGCAGACAGUGGCUGAAGGACCAGGAGCUCAGCCCCAGGGAGCCCGUGGUCCAAGCCAAACCUGCCGGCGCCGUCGCCAGGUUCUGGGCUGGCUUCCUCGAGCCCAAGAGCCUGUGGAGACUUUACACCUACAAAGCAUAUAAAGGAGGAGUUUUCACAUUAACACGGCUGUUGAUACCUUCUUGGAUUGUUCACUACUGCAUCAAAUACCAUGUUGCUCCUAAGCCAUUUGGUAUUGUGGAAGUGAAACCCAAGCUGUUCCCAGGUGACACCAUUCUGGAGACAGGAGAAGUUGUUCCAGAUCUCCCCGAGACCCACGGCCAUCACUGAAGUUAAAAUAUUUCAAUAAUUUCCCUGAGUUUAUGUUGUAAAAACUGUUAAUAUGCCAAUAAAAUAUUACAUUGUAAUAUCA